UUCCUUUCCCGCUCGUCUUAAUGGUUCGUCCCGGAUAGCUAGCUUUCCGAAGCCUCAUCGGUAAACUGAGAGGUCGUUUUGGGUUUAGUUGACCCUGGAUGAGGCCUAGGUCGUUUGGACCGUAACUACCAUGCCUAUUAUUCAAUUGGUGCGAGAUCUCUGGCCUCUUACAUUGUGUCCCCUAGGAUUCUUGGUGGGAUGGUACUUUGACAAGAAGAAUGAUGAGAAACUGGCAAUAUUCAGAAACAAGAGCAAAUUAUAUCAAAGGGAAUUAAAACCUGGUGAAGAUGCUAUAUGGAAAUAAUGCGUCAAAUGAGAGUUGAUUCUCCUACAGUUUGAAUAAGUGAUUGUUCCAUAAUGAAAAUAGAAUCUAGUAUUACCUUUGUUCAAAAAGUAUGUAGCCCCAACUAUAUAAUGUCAUUCAAACAUAUAAUUUGAAAGGUUAUUAAGAAGGUUGUUACAGUGUGUUCCUGAGAAACUGUCUCUCUGAACUUGAACCUUUCAGUCAGCUUCAGAGGAUAUAGUUACAUUCUGUAAACUAUAGGAUUGUAGUUGGUAGGGAUCAGAUACAAUUAUGUAUAUAUUCUUCAUAAAUUUUUCUGGAAUGUCUUCCUUGACAAUUGAUCUUUUUGUGCAUUUAAAUAAAAGUACCCUGAAAUAGAAUUAAAACAUGUAUUAUUA